AUGUCAAAUUGGUAUUCUGACACUGUUUGUCCUGAAUGCAAAGGCAAAAAGAGUUCUGUUUUUACAAUUUGUAAAUGUUCAAGAAUCAAAAAAUACCCUACCUGUAAAAAAUGUUAUGAACGAGAAAAAAAGUUUUUGGAUUAUGAACGAGAAAAUAAUUUUUUGAAUUAUGAACGUAAAAAAGAGAUUAUUUGGUUAGAUGAUAAUAAAUCGAAUAUGCAAGAAGAUAACUUUUUCAAAGAUACAAUUCCAAAAUGUCUUUCAUGUUCUUCUUAUGGAAGACCUAUUAAACAUUUCAUUAAAGACUGUCCGAAACAACAAGAAUAUAAAGAUCGUUCAUACGAACUUAAUGAUUAUGGUUAUUAA